UUCACUCUCGUAAAAGGUUAAGUUAUGCCACAAUGAAGGUCAAAAAUGCCUAUCAGAUGAGUCAAUAUGUUUUUUAUUUUUUCCUUUUUCCAUUGACUCUAAGUACGUUUCUUGAUGUUUUAUCAUUUUGUUUCUGGUUUCUCUUUUGGUGGUGCCUUGGGAUUCGAUUAAGAUCAUUGAUUCUCUUCGUUUCUUAAAUUAGGGAUGUCUUUUGACUAGACAGGGUGAAGUUGAGGACAUAAAAGGUCGUUUACCGCAAGCUGCAAGGAGGAAAACAGGAAAAAAGGCACCAUAGAAGCAUGGGCGAAAGGAAUCGGUGCCGCCAAGGGGGAGCUCAGUUUGUGGAGAGAGUAGGCAGGUAUCAUAGGAAAGACGACCAAGUGGACGCACAACAGCUCCAGCUCCAACUAGAAGAACUUCACGCCACACCGACGGAUCAAAAACUAGCCCGAGAAAAACAGCCUAGCAGGAGAGGUGCGCAAAAAAUGGAGGGGCUAAGAAGGACCGAUCACGUAGGUCCAGUCCAAAGCAAUAUGAGAAAAAGGAUCUCCCAAUUAGCACAGAUGAUGACGAGGAGAAUGAGCCUCUUGCCAAGAGGAUGUGCCAACUGUAUAACCAAAGGGUUGACCAACAAAAACCAAGUGCUGAUCCACCCGAAGGGAACCUCAAUAAGGAUAAUGCUCUCCAAGCAACACCUGUCUCUAGCUUGCCCGAUGCAGGAACACUCUCCGUUGUGUUGGUGCAACAUGAAGAAUGGGAGUUCGAUGGUAAUCCCAAUUUCCUUUCGAACCUAGACCCUGAGAGUGAACAAAUAUGGCAAUACUUUGAGCAACUGCAGAACACGAGGCCACUGCAGACCGUGAUGCCAGCCUUUCCGUCUUGCAAGACUCCUAGCCCACCAAGCAAGAAGAUUUCACCAGACAUGACUCAGACGGAACAGAUGUUUACCCAAUGUACUCCUAUAAAGGUGCAUCCACUGCUAAAAGGGGCGAAAGCUGGACGAGGAUGAUAAGGAGCGAUUGCGGCGAUGGGCUGCCAAUCGUUCGUUGGAGCAGAAUCAGGUUGUGGUAGUAUAUGAAGGAAAGCAACAUCUAUCAUUGAUCCGAGAGGACAUCUGCUCAUUGCUACCCUGGCAUUGGGUCACCAG